CCGUUGAGACAAAAAAAAACAAUUGGGCCUUUAGUGAGUAAAUUAAAUUGGGCCUAAAGGAAACCCUAAAACGCACGUGGAGAGAGAGAGAGAGAGACAAAAGUAUUCAUCUUCUUCGUUUUGUGAAAACCCACCGGAAGAAACGUUACUCGUCGGCGGAGAACUAACUACAUUCUCUCAUGGGUUCCGUGAAGAGAAAAUCAGUGGAGGAAUCUUCUGAUUCUGCUCCGCCGCAAAAGGUUCAGAGAGAAGACGAUUCCACCCAAAUCAUAAACGAAGAGCUUGUGGGUUGCGUUCACGAUGUUUCCUUCCCUGAAAAUUACGUUCCUCUUGCUCCCUCCGUUCACAAUAAACCACCGGCUAAAGAUUUCCCCUUUACCCUUGACUCCUUCCAAUCUGAAGCUAUCAAGUGUCUCGAUAAUGGCGAAUCAGUCAUGGUUUCAGCUCAUACAUCUGCUGGUAAAACAGUUGUGGCAUCAUAUGCUAUUGCCAUGUCUUUGAAGGAAAACCAGAGGGUUAUUUACACUUCUCCUAUAAAGGCACUUAGUAAUCAGAAGUACAGAGAUUUUAAAGAAGAGUUUUCUGAUGUUGGUUUGAUGACUGGAGAUGUCACUAUUGAUCCUAAUGCCUCUUGCCUUGUCAUGACCACAGAGAUCUUGCGUAGCAUGCAGUAUAAAGGGUCAGAGAUUAUGCGGGAGGUUGCCUGGAUUAUUUUUGAUGAGGUGCAUUACAUGCGAGAUAGCGAAAGAGGUGUGGUUUGGGAAGAGAGUAUUGUCAUGGCUCCGAAGAAUUCUCGUUUUGUGUUUCUAUCUGCAACUGUUCCCAAUGCCAAGGAGUUUGCUGAUUGGGUUGCAAAGGUUCACCAACAACCAUGCCACAUUGUUUACACCGAUUAUCGGCCGACUCCGCUUCAGCAUUAUGUCUUUCCUGCUGGAGGUAAUGGACUUUACUUGGUUGUGGAUGAAAAGGCUAAAUUUCACGAGGAUAGCUUCCAGAAAUCUCUUAACGCACUGGUUCCGACUAAUGAGGGUGACAAGAAAAGAGAUAAUGGAAAGUCUCAAAAGGGAUUAGUGAUUGGAAAACUUGGUGAAGAAAGUGAUAUUUUCAAAUUGGUGAAAAUGAUAAUUCAGCGACAAUAUGAUCCCGUAAUUUUGUUUAGUUUCAGCAAAAAGGAAUGCGAGGCACUUGCUAUGCAGAUGUCUAAGAUGGAUUUAAACAGCGAUGAUGAGAAAGACGCUGUGGAGACAAUCUUUACUAGCGUUCAUCAUUCAGGACUGCUUCCAAUUUUGAAAGAAGUAAUUGAGAUAUUAUUUCAGGAAGGUCUUAUUAAGUGUUUGUUUGCAACAGAGACAUUUAGUAUUGGAUUGAACAUGCCGGCAAAGACGGUUGUGUUUACCAAUGUACGUAAGUUUGAUGGAGACAAGUUCCGGUGGCUAUCAAGUGGAGAGUACAUACAGAUGAGUGGUCGUGCUGGACGUCGAGGUAUUGACAAACGAGGUAUCUGCAUCCUCAUGGUCGACGAGAAGAUGGAACCUGCUGUUGCUAAAUCAAUGCUCAAAGGAAGUGCUGAUUCUUUGAACAGUGCCUUCCAUUUGAGCUAUAACAUGCUUCUAAAUCAGUUGCGGUGUGAAGAAGGUGAUCCUGAGAAUCUUCUGCGCAAUUCGUUCUUUCAGUUUCAAGCUGACCGUGCUAUACCUGAUCUCGAGAAGCAAAUAAAAUCCUUGGAAGAAGAGAGAGACUCUAUGGUGAUUGAAGAAGAAGAAAGCUUAAAAAAUUACUAUAACCUGAUUUUGCAAUAUAAGAGUCUGAAGAAGGAUAUACGUGAAAUUGUGUUCACUCCAAAGUACUGCUUACCCUUUUUGCUGCCAAACAGAGCUGUUUGUCUCGAUUGCACAAAUGAUGAUGAAGAGCCACAAUCAUUUGGCAUUGAAGACCAGGAUACAUGGGGAGUGAUAAUGAAAUUUAACAAAGUCAAAAGCUUAUCUGAAGAUGAUGAUAAUAGAAGACCGGAGGAUGCAAACUACACCGUAGAUGUAUUGACUAGAUGUAUGGUUAGCAAAGAUGGUGUUGGCAAAAAGAAAGUUAAGGCUGUUCCAAUUAAGGAACGUGGUGAGCCUGUUGUGGUCACUGUUCCUUUAUCUCAGAUUAAGAGUUUAAGCAGUGCAAUUAUGAAUAUACCAAAAGAUCUUGUACCAUUGGAAGCUCGAGAGAAUGCUCUGAAGAAGGUUUCUGAGUUACUCUCUAGACAUCCCGAUGGAAUACCCCUAGAUCCUGAAGUUGAUAUGAAGAUUAAGAGCAGCUCUUACAAAAAGACAGUUCGUCGGCUGGAGGCUCUGGAAAACCUAUUUGAAAAACACAAAAUUGCGAAAUCUCCCCUCAUAACAGAAAAGCUGAAAGUUCUACACAUGAAGGAAGAGCUAACAGCCAAGAUCAAGUCACUUAAAAAAACUGUCCGAUCAUCAACAGCAUUGGCGUUUAAAGAUGAGCUCAAGGCCAGAAAGCGUGUUUUACGAAGACUAGGAUACAUCACUAGUGAUAAUGUCGUGGAGUUGAAGGGUAAGGUUGCAUGUGAAAUCAGUAGUGCAGAAGAAUUGACAUUAACGGAGUUAAUGUUCAGUGGUAUCUUCAAGGAUGCAAAGGUGGAGGAGUUGGUUUCGCUCCUCUCUUGCUUUGUGUGGCGAGAGAGACUCCCUGACGCCGCUAAACCCAGAGAAGAACUAGACUUGCUAUUCAUACAGUUACAAGACACAGCCAGGCGUGUUGCUGAACUUCAGCUUGACUGCAAGGUCGAAAUCGAUGUGGAGAGUUUUGUUCAAUCGUUCAGACCAGAUAUAAUGGAGGCGGUGCAUGCUUGGGCAAAAGGGUCGAAAUUCUAUGAGGUCAUGGAGAUUGCUCGUGUUUUCGAAGGGAGCUUGAUCAGAGCGAUAAGGAGAAUGGAGGAAGUUCUGCAACAGCUCAUAGUAGCUGCAAAAUCUAUAGGAGAAACACAGCUUGAAGCUAAACUAGAAGAAGCUGUUUCCAAGAUCAAAAGAGACAUUGUAUUCGCAGCGUCUCUCUACUUGUGAUGUCGUGUGCUUAUCUCAUCUUGGCAACAAGAUUGAAACAAAAGCAACGAAUUUUGUUUGUACCAUCAUUUAUUCUUAAGGUCUCACAAUGUGAACAAAGAACUAUAAAGCAAGAGGAGAUUU